AUGUCGUUUCCAAAAUACACAGCGAACGAGAUAAAGAGACCAGAACACAACAAAAAGGACUACAUGCUUUCCAACAGCUUGAGAAUUACCCCGUUUACACUGCACACGUCUGCGGCGCGUUAUGGCUCAGACGAGGUGUUGUUCCGGUGCCAACUCACACCAGAAGCGUUUCAGUAUAUUGGAGAAACGCUUAUGUCAGGACAGCACAGUUUCAAUGCUCCACGCUGCUCUAAGAUGAGGGUAUGGAAAGAGGUCACCCUCGCCUUCAUCCUGUUCGGUGCCUCGUUUUUCCUCCUGCUUUUGAAAACCACAUCACCUUUUGGGUCUUCCUACCCAAAGGCCUUAGGGAUUUCAUCAGACCCUUCCUCACAGCCAGCAGCCAGAGCACUUGAACCACGACCAUCAUUCUCAUCUUCACUCUCAUCAACCUCAUCGAGGAAGCCAGUGCCGCGCCGAGCGGUCAGAGCCACUGAGGACAUGGGCUCUCUUCUCUCAGAAUUCUCGUACCUCUUCCAAAGCUUCACCAAGGGCGAGCUGAAGAAGGUGAUCGCGACCCUGGUGGACCGGAAGGAGAGGAGGAUCAGAACCGAGACGGGACGGAGAACCAAACGAGCACGGAAGGGCCCAAAGCCGUGCUCUCUGCACGAGAUCGAGCUUACGGUGAGCGAGCUCGGACUCGGGUACGAGAGCGACGAGACGGUGAGCUUUAGGUACUGCAGCGGGAAGUGCAUCCACGAACGACGCAACUAUGACUUUGUAAUGGAGCACAUGCAGAUAAAUAACGGCUCCAGUGAGAAAGGCCGGCGAGGACGGGAUAACGUAAAAAAAGACAAGGCACGCAACGCCCCAUGUUGUCGCCCUACAAAGUUUGAGAAGAAAAUGUCUUUCUUUGACAACAAGGACAGGUUCUACACCAUCCAGAACGUCUCUGCGAGAGCGUGCGGUUGCGUAUGACGAACUGUGGAAACGUCAGGGAGAAUGUCUAUACAUUACGAAGGCAACAGAGAACGUUUCAAAAUUCCGUGGUAACCAUAGGAACUUUGGAAAGGGCGACCAUGUGACACACAGAAACCAUGGAACUAUUCGAGAACGUAGGGCAAAUUGCAAUUCUGAAAAAGAUGCUGAGAGGGACCCACAAUGCCACCAUGGAAAAAGUGAAAGCUACAGAAAAGCGAUACGCAAAACACAAAAGACAAGGCCUGAAUUGUCUAAAGCCUUGGCAACUAUGGGAUAAAGUUUUGUUUCUGCCUUUUCAGUGGUUACUGGCACUUUUGAUUAGCACAGGGCACUGGACUUUAACCAAAGGUGGAUCGCUGGUUUAAUUCGAUGGGACCAAAAGCUGGCGGGAGACUCCUUUCACCUUCCACUGGAAACUUCUGCAGAAGAACAAGUACAGAUAUAGUAGUAUUUAACCGAAGAUAUAAAUAUAUAUAUUAAUGGUAGAGGGCUACAGCGACAACUGUAUGCUGCUCGCUUUUGUUACGAAUCUGAAUACUGAAGUAUGAAGUGCAACACAGCUGUGAAAACUACCUCAUUUCUUUCUUCGUUUCUUUUUUGUUUGUUUUCUUAGAAGAAUGUAGGCCUACAUGCAAUGAAUCUUGUUCUACCGCACCCACUUCCUGGGAUUACGCUAAUCAGAAAUAUGAAUCAGAGGUAUACAUGUAGAGAAAUGCUUCUCGACCAAAAGUCUCCUAGGAUGGAUAUUACCUAAAACAACACUGUCACUUGAAACGUAUAUGCACACUAUUUCAAACCCCUGAAUUUGACCUUAAAGCCUUGCCAAAGCAUGUCUGAUCAAAUCCAAGCUUCUCCUGUCCUUGAGACAAUUUACACCCUGAUAUUUACGUUUAAAAUAGGAAUAGGCAAUCCAAUUCCAAUGGCCAAUAGGGAAACGUUUAGCUUAAAAAGUUUUCCAAAAGGUGUCGUCCCUCAAAGAUCUUAAAAGUUCAUUUUUCUCAUGGUCAUGUUCAUGUUUACAUUCUUUUAGACAAUGCUACUUGAGAUACAUUGUCUUUUGGAAAGUAAUUCCAGGUUUGGUCCUU